UAAAGGCCGGGAGACUGCUCUGCGCCCUAACACAAGUUGUGGUGUUCGAUUUCUUCUCCUUCUCCCUCUUGCGACGAUAGAGAAGCCUCGUCGAAGAAAUCUUGUGUUCAUCCUGUAGACCUGUGGAGCUCCUCCUCCCUAUCGUGUUUUGGGUGCUUUGUUGUUGAUUCCGACGUCUCUGUUUGUUGUUAGGGUUAGAGUUCUUUUUUGCGUCGGCACCGUUUAUCAGCGGUGAGACGAGAUGGGGCUUACGUUCACAAGGCUGUUUAGCCGACUCUUCGCGAAGAAGGAGAUGAGGAUUUUGAUGGUAGGGCUUGAUGCGGCUGGUAAAACCACGAUCCUGUACAAGCUCAAGCUCGGAGAGAUCGUGACCACCAUCCCCACUAUUGGCUUCAAUGUGGAGACUGUAGAGUACAAGAACAUCAGUUUCACUGUUUGGGAUGUUGGUGGCCAAGAUAAGAUCAGACCUCUAUGGAGGCACUACUUCCAGAACACUCAGGGUCUUAUUUUUGUGGUUGAUAGCAAUGACAGAGACCGUAUUAUUGAGGCAAGGGAUGAACUUCAUAGGAUGCUUAAUGAGGAUGAGCUACGUGAUGCUGUGUUGCUUGUGUUUGCAAAUAAGCAAGAUCUUCCCAAUGCAAUGAAUGCAGCUGAGAUUACUGAUAAGCUCGGACUGCAUUCCUUGCGACAACGACACUGGUAUAUACAGAGCACAUGUGCCACAUCUGGUGAAGGGUUGUACGAGGGGCUGGAUUGGCUCUCCAAUAAUAUUGUCAGCAAGGCUUGAAACUUGUCAUUGUGGUCUAAGCUUCUACUAUUGCUCCGUUAGACAUGUACCUUCCACAGCGGCUUGGGCGUUGCUUUGAUGACAUUCCCAGGCAGCUUGUUGCUCGUGGAUAAAUCAUCCUGACCUCGGUUAUCUUUUCUCUUCUCAACAACUUUUUUAUUUUUUGUAGUAAUCACACUUCCGUAUCAUGUAUAAGUUUGACAAAGAUUAUGUUAUAUAAUAUAGUGUGACAUGGUUGUAAUGGUUUCCGGUGUGUUUAUAAGGAUUGUAGAACAAUAUUUCAAGUUCUUAUUUGUAGA